CCACCCAAAUACUUUUAAACGCAUUCAGGGCUUUUCCUUGAAAUAAAUUAAAGUUUGUAAGCAUCUGUUUGAUUAAAGUUAAUUCUAGUUUCCGUCUUACACCAGCUUUGAAAAAAGGGGCCACCCUCCCCUCCCUCAUCUUUGUAAAUAUCACGUGUCUAGGGCCCAAUCUCAUACUGACCUUGGUCGAUUUUGAUGGAACGCAAUCCAGAUUUUCGAUGAAGAAUUACUAUGUUGGAAAAGAACUAAUUUUCCAAAGCAGAAGAUGGUUCUAUUUCCGCGCAGAUGUCGGUGUAACCUACUAAUAUUUCGUGUUUUAUUUGUUCCCUAUUUGCAAACAUAAGCUGCGGGCUGUCAAGAGACUUAGAACGGUGAAGAUGUCGUCGAAUGGUCUGGCGGUUUCGGAAGCCAUCCAGCAAAUUCAACUUGUGCAAGGCAUGAUAGAUACAACUGCCUCGAGUUUGAACAGCUUACGAACACAGUUUCCGACAAACAACGACUUGAUACAGCAAGAAAUUCGCACCUCUGAGGUAAAUAAUAUCGCUUAAACUUCUCAAUUUUAACUCUUUAGAAACAGUUGGGAGCUUGAUGUCCUCCUGGUUUGUUCAGCGGUCAACUCGACUACCCCCUAUCGAAUAUAUUGAUGCAAGAUUGGCAAAAUUUGGCUACUUUCGAUACUAAUCCUUUUGCUUUUGAUUGUCUGUCGCGGAGUUUGACUUAGAAUUUUUCUCUCUUUCCAUUUCUAAAACGCACUUUAAAAGCUAUUAGUGUUGUGCUGUUAACUGGCGGUUGCGACGUGACCGAGUAUUGACAAAUGUCGUUAGUGCUGAAAAUUUUAUUGAUGUUUACGUUAACCAACAAGGGAUCGUCACACGAUAUUCUUAGCUUUCCAUAAGCGAAAGCUCAAAAUUGAUAAAACUUUGUCCUAAAAAUAUACUUUUCGCUUUGACAGAUAGUUUGUUUACACUUUGUAAAGAUUCGAGAUCGAAGUUGUACUUUAUUAUUCGCAUUUCGCGUGCCGACUUUCCCUUUACAGACCUUGAAUCAAUAUCAUUAACGGGUAAUUCUUUCACCUAAGAGACAUCUUCAACAAGAAAUAAAUGCAUUGGCUGUAUGCUUGGUAGUUGGGAAGAGUCUUAAAUUCUUGAAAAAGACCUAAAAGUUAGAAAAUUUAUGAUGGAAAACCGCCUCCAGGCUUCCCUGUUCUACAUCUUAAUUUAGAAUUAACAACCUAAGACCCUGUUCAUACGUCAUGCUUCUGGGGUGCCAAAUGCAAUAAUUGCAAUUAUUGUAAUGGGGUUCAACAUAAGCUUGACGGGGGCACAACUUCAAGUCAGACGUUGUACCAGAUUCAAACUUUAUUGUGAACGUACACCAAUGAGUAUCGAGUCAGUGGUAAAUAAAACACAAAAGUAUGUAUUGUCAAAAUCACAUUUCCAACAUUUAUUAAUUUAGCUCAGCGUGGCAUACGCAGGUUGAUUGAAUGACUACCGUGCCAAAGUCGUGUAGAAAAGCAUACCUUGUCAAACUUAAUUGAUCUGCAGAACCGAAUUUAAAAAUUUGAUUCAGACGUCCUGCUUCUACCCAUGCUUUUGUUGAACUCAAUAAAAGAAUAAAGUUCGGCAUAGCAGAAGCACGAUGUACAAACUUGGUGUAAUUGAAAAAAGUAUAUUAAAUAGUUGUGUAGAUGACUUAGUUUGCAAGUUUUGUCACUGUACAGGCGAACCUCGACUAAUGGUCACUGGCCAACUCUCUACAAUGGCCACUUUCUUCUGUCUCCAAGGUGGCCAUUGUAGAGAGGUUCAACUGUCUUACUGUAUCUCGACUUGUGUUCUCCACAUUCUGAAGAAAAUAAGUCGUCUGUCUCACAGGCACAGAGGAGAAAAAAUGUAACCAGCAGUCACAAAAAUAUUGAUGUCAUGAACUGCAAAAUUUGAAAGAAAAGUCAUAAUCAGGAACCAACUAUGUCCAAGAAAAGUCAUACUCAAAAUUACUCUGCCUUCUACCAACUUAACAAAUUUUUUUGGAAAAAUGUUCUAAGUGCUUAUUUAUAAGAACCGAUCAUACUUGCCACCUUAUUACAGAAGAAAUGAAUUAAUAAUAGAUUGCUUGGUAUUUCCAAAUUAAUAAUGCAUACUCAAUAAAGUCUUUGGACAAUUUCUCUGAGAAUUUUGACCACCAGGUAUUUGGUGCGUUGUUGUCCUUUGGUAAUGUGUGAUAAUGCAUUUGAAACAAAGGAAAAAUUUAAACCAGUGUUAAAAUAAAGUUGACUUUUGAGUGCCGUUGAAACUGUGCCAAUGAGUUAAAUUAAGUUAUUUUUUCAGAGUAAAAUUUGCAUUUUAAUAGAAUGUAGCAGACACAAAAUUACUUAGGUAUGAAAUCACUGCCUUUUCUUGUGAUCAGUUAGCUUUUAAACUGGAAUUUGAGUGCAUUCUCUGCCCUUAAUAUAAAUCCACUAGAAAUUACCUGGUCCAUUGACAUAAAAGCACAAUGAAAUACAUUCAAAAGAUUAAUAUAAAACAGCUAUUUUAUACAUAAUAAUGUCAAUUAUUACUAAAAUGCAUUUCAUAGUAAACGUGCAUGUGCAUAAUUAUUAUUAAAUUUUUUCUGUGUGCAUGAAUUCAGUUUUAGGCAAUUUAUUCUCUGCAUGCAUCCAUUUUAUUCACUUCACUGACUUGUAUUGUCUAGAUGUAGAUUUUUUAUAGCUGCAGAUCACAUUUUACAGCUGACAUUCACCCAAUAUAUUUCCAGUCAUGAUAAAAUGAAGACUGUACAUGUGUACAUGCUUUACUUAGUGUCCUUGUGUGCUCAAAAGUUACUUUGUACUUGUCCUGUUGCAUGUCACCAGUGGUUACGUGACAUUGUAUGAUUAUAAAAGUGCUUAAUUUUUCAUUUUGUUUAUAUUGAUUUAAGGGGAAGCUUGUCAAAUUGUUUUCAAGGCAAUUGGUAGCUAAGCAAAGGUGCGGCGAAGACUGGAGACAGUGUACGAAGCUACGAGAGUACCCUGAACUGAAGCGAUGGCUUCAAGUCGUAGGGAUCAAUGAAGAAGCUAUUAAGGUACAGUAAAUUAUUAUGCUCAGCAUGUUCUGUUGAGAUCAGUAAAGGCAGCCUAAGAAAAAAGCUGACACUUUGCAAUCCCACCGGUGGUUUCCCCAUGAAAUGACAUCUGAGAAACUAGUGCAGAAAUUUCAUACCGAUGAUGCAUCACUAGUCAGAUCUUGGUGGUGCUUCUGGAGUGAUUGGAUAAGGCAAAUUUCCAACCUGUCAGGAGCUCUACCCAGAUCUGGGUAAUUAUAUGUUAUCAGUGAUAGAUUUAUGUGCUCAUUUCUCAGAGGUCAUUUUGCGGGGAAACCACUGUUGGCAUAACAUAAUGUGAGUUGUUUUCUCAAGCUAAAUUGAAGGUGGCAUAUUGUGAGGAUACUGUCUUCUCACCCAUUCAAAUGUGGAUAAAACUAUCCGUUGGAUAAAUCUCUAUCUGUGGAUAAUGCAUUUGGUUUUCUUUACACUGACUUAUCUGAUGGAUGGUGAUUUAUCUGGCUGAUAGUGCUAUCCAGCCUUUAAACAAGCAGGGCCUGAUGUUGAAGCCAUGUGAAAGUGGUGUUUGUUGCUAGUUCCCUUCCUCUUUUGGAGAGGGCUUCUCCCAGAUACUUGCCGUCUCUUCUGGUUGUUGUUAAAAAUGGGGAAGAAUCACCCUGAGAGUUUUCUUAUUCAUCUCACCAAGCUUUCUUCAUCUUUCAGAUCACUGAAAUAGGCCACAAUUUUUGUUUCACUUGCGUGAAUUAAAUUUUCCAGAAAUUACAGGGAAAGUAUAGCUCAGCACUUCUCUAUUUGGCCAGACUUGGGGUGUGCAGUACAUGUGUAUUACAGAUACAUUUUGUGUAUACCAGUCCUUAGACUUAGUGAAUCAGUUGGCAAAUCCCGAUGGUGACUGCUAAAUACACAUUUGAUUGUAUUUCUUUUGUUUGCAUAACUACACUUUUUUAUUUUUUGAAGCAAUCAUCAGGGCUUUAAUUUUUCCCAUUAUUUAAUUUUUACUCAUUUUUGUCUUCAGAAAUUAGAAGAAAUAUGUAGUACACUGGAAGCGCUUUUGACCCUACCUGAUGAGAAAGUGAGGGCAGUGCUUGAGAACUAUGAAGAUGGCCAGGAAGAAAGUAGGAAGUUGAUUGCAGCUUUGAAACAUCUUAAGGUCUACUCAGGUACAUAAUACACAAAAUUUUGUGAGUACAGUGUAAAUGGUGGAGUACAAUGCAGGAAUCUCUCGUACAAUCAUCAACAUGAUGUAAAGUAGAGAGGAGCAAGUUACCGUACAAUUCCGAAAAUAAGCCCCUCCAUGUAUAAGCCCUUCCAAAUAUAAGCCCCGUAAACUUGUAAUGCAAAAACCCAUCCAUUACACUGCCUCUCCCUAUAUAAGCCCCCCAGGGGCUUGUACUUGGAAAUUGCCCUCAAAUACAAAGUAAAACAAAGCAAAAACAGUAGAUUUCCUUCCCACUGUAACGAUAGCCCAAUCAAUUUUGAAACGCAAAUUUCCCUCCAUAGAUAAGCCCCUCCAAAAAUACAGUGUAACCCCCUCAAAAAGGGCCUUUGAAAAAUAUGAGCCCCAGGGCUUAUUUUCAGAAUUUUACGGUACUGUAUACCAGUGGGGCUUGAUCAGUACAACUGCCCUUAACCAGACGUACACAUUUACACAAUACACUGGACCUUAUGAGGGGAAGUUUAGUUUGGUGUGAAUUAUCAGGGAUUUCGAAAAACCGAGGAUUCUGGAAAUUGGGACGGUAGAUAAAAGUUGGCUCUAAAAUUAAUUAAGACAAAAACAAAAGAUUUGAAUGUUACAGAACUGUGUAUGUACUUUUACUAUAAUUUUGUGGUACUUAAACUUAAUGGUAUUACAUCAAUCUAUUGUUGUUCGUGGUACUUUAAAGCAGAUAAGGUUUUAACUAAGUUUCAGCCAGUGAAUGAAUACAUAAUUGUAGUAUUUGUACAUUCUAAGUAUACCCACCACUGAACAUUGUUAAUUAACCUCAUUGUAAUCAUUGUUUUCAUUUACUUAAUGCUAACUGUAAGGCUGCAUUGGCCUUAUUCCAUUAUAGAACGUCUAAGACAGGGUCACAAAGACAGCACCUCUGACAUCUACUGGACCUUUUGGGACACUGGUAAGACCAGAGAGAGGGGCCAAUCCAGCUCUCCAUCAGAGCGAUCUUCCCGCUCAUCUGUCACAUUGGACAAUGAUGUACAGUCAGUCCCAGAUGGUGACUCCACCGGGGGAUCCAGGCUUUCAACACUGUCUACCAGUGAUAACGAAUCUGUUGUAAGUCCUAAGCAGCGUAUUGCUCUACCCUUCCUGUUCACUACCCGUUCUGAUGGCCUGGUCUUGCCACUCAAGAGAAGUGUGUCUGAUGAGGUGAAUUUAGGUAUGACAAUGUUAUGUUUUAGUUUGUAAACCGUUAAGUUCCAAAAGUAACAACUCUCCAAAAUUAGCAACCCCACGAGUGUUGUCCCCUUUUUGCAAGAAAUAUAGGAAAUGAUAGACAUAGCAAGCAAGCCAUUUCACACUGAUCCAAGGUUUAUUUUUAACGGUUAUGAUGAUCCUUGACAUUCCUAUUCAAAGGACACUAAAGACUCUCUGAAAACUCAUACUGAAAUCAAACAAGUCUUUCGAGUUAUUCUGAUUUAAAACAAUAACACCAAAUAAGUUUCUCCAAAUAAAAAUUUGGAUGUUUUCACAUUUGUCACAAUAGUAUAUUACUGUAACUUUGAAUGGCCCAUGUAAGGUACACAUUUUAGCUACCUGAAAGUAGCUGCAAUAGAAGAAGGCUGCUUAAUCCAUAAGUAACGAGGGUCGUUACUUUCAGAACUUUAUGGUACAUGUAUACUGGUAAAUACCAUCUUUUACAAUAACAGAGCAAUUUUUAUUGCGCUGAUUGGUGGAGAGCUAUGGUCUAUGAGAGUGUAGUCCACCAAAAUCACCUGAUGAUGGCGUGAUUAUUCUUUUUUUUUUUUACUUUUCUCUCUCAUUCUAUUUUCCAAGAGACUUCACCGGAAAUUGUCAUUAAAAUCUGUCAAUGUUAUUGUAAAAAUGGAAAUGGAUUAUAAUUUUCCAUGGUCUGUACUCUAACAGGUCAUCAAAAUGACAUCAAAAUGUGAAAUCACUCACUUGUGGUUCCACUUGAGUUUUGAACAUUUUGGCAUCUGAUCUACAGCCAACAUGUAUAAGAGUGACCAUGGGAAAUAAAAUUGUGUUCUGUUUCGUUGAAAUUAAAACAAUUAAUAACUUACAUAUGACUUUUUUUUAUUAUUGUGCUUGUUUGACCUGGAAUAAUAUUUUUUCCACGGGUCUGCAUGGGAAAAGGUCUUCAAUGAUUUUAAAUUCAUUCUCAUGUCAAAUUCUCUCCCCACCCCCCCCAUGUUUCCCAACCAAGCCAAUGGCCAGUCACAUACUGCCUUUUUGCAGGAUUACUUCCUUUGUUCUUCAUGGGAAAAAAUAAUAAUUAAUCUUUGCUUUAAAAGAAUCAAGCAGUUGAGUUUUGCUAACACCAAUUCAAAACAGAACUCAAAAUUUUUUUGAUCAUCCCCCAACAGAAAACGCACUUAAACAAAUGUACAUUUUUUGCACAUCUGGAACGCCUUGACUAACAAAUUACCUAUGUAAAAAGAAAUUUACAUCAUCAAAUUAGAGGAAUGUUCGAGACUGAAUGCAGACUAGAACUCUUGUGCUAAAUGUCCCCAUCAUCAGGAAGUGAUGUGGGGCUGCUUUAUUCAUAGGCUAGAUUUUACCUUCGUUUAAAAACUCUGAGACAUAGCCCAGUAGAUGGAGGCAUGGUCAAAAACGCAGAAAAAUAGGCUGCAAUACAAUAAUGAGAUAAUACAGUGUUCUGGGAUUUUCUUCACAGGAAACAGAAUAAUUAUUACAAGUAAACAUGCAAGUUCAACUGUGGGGAAGAAGCAAGGAAGAGGAAAGCUAGAACCAGCAAUUCCUGGCAUGACUAUAGAAAUUCCCAAGAGCACAAGUGGUGACUUCUCUCAGUCUGAUUCAGAGUCCGAUCAUCAUUCAAGUAAGCGAUUAAAUUAAAUGAACCAAAUUACAUACAUCGCAAUCAUCCCUUGUCACCUACAAAAAAAGGAUGGAUUGUAGGCUACUACCUUAUUUUGUUGAGGAAUGUAAAGAAGUUUCCUUUUUAGAAAGGUCACAUUACACAGUAUUUUUUUGGUCUGGCCAGCUCACCAGGUUAUUCAGUACCAAAAACCUUGUCAGGCAUACCAUAAAUCCGCUAUAAAACCUUCCAAGAUGGGGAGGGGGCUUAUUUUUUUCAAGCACGUUUAAGAGGGGGCUCACUUAAUUUUGUAAAGAUGGUGGUAUCAAUUCUCCAUUAAAGAACUAGUAUGCGAAGUGAAAAAGCUCGGGCACAUGAAGUUGGAGUUCAUUCAGCCAAAGAUCAAAACAAAUCCAAACUUCCAGUACAUGAAUAAACCAUGCCAGAUCAUUCUACGUGAAGUGUUACGGUUGUGAUUAUUAAUGCAGUCUAUCAUUUAAGAAUAAGGGGGGAGGGGGGGUGAGGAGGGAGAAUUAAAGAGAGGGGAGGGUAAGGAAGUUUAAAAAGGGAGGCUUAUUAGAGAGGGGGGUGAGUUCAUAGAGGGUUUAUGGUACCUUUAGUUAACUUUCAGUUUCCUUUAAAAUGAUAAUGUCCGGUAUUUGAUAAGUGCAGUCAUCAUGUCAGAGUGCAGGAUGCAUUUCCUAGUCUAAAAAAUUGUUAAUCUCUGGUUCUAAGGUCUACAUGGCAUAGCAUCUCCUGCAAGGUCCAUUACUCCUGUUGCUCACUAUGGUUUGGGACAUACAAUAAAACACAGGUAUGCAUUGCAUUCUUUCUUUACCUUCUCCUUCAUGUAGAUAAAGUGCAAUGUACACUGUAGUAGUAAAACUACAAGUACUGUAGAUUCAGUAGGUUGUCUUUUUUACACCACCACAGGCCAUAACAUACAAGGAGAGGAGCUGUUAGCAACAACCCUUCCCUAGCAGUCAUUUACUUGUUACUAGUCUGUUGUGUCCCAAGAAAGAGCAGCAUUAAUAUUGUUUUCUAUCUUUUAAAACCACAAAUGCCUAGACAACACUAAAUUCUCUCGACUUGUGUUAAUAACUUCAGAAUCUGUUUUAAUCUUGCUUGUUUUCUGUUUCUAAUAAUAAUAAAAGCGACUAAAAAUUUGAACAGUUCAAAAUUAAUGUACAAGGUCAGUUUGCCACUAAAUUGAUCAAUUUUAUUUAGGUUUUCCCAGAAAACCUUCAUGGUGAAAUUGUCGUGUGAUUUUUGUCAUAAAAUCCUGCUUGUUGGCGUCAAGUGCAAAGAAUGCAAGUAAGUCUGUUUCACCUAUUUUCAGAAAAAGAAAAUUAUUUUAGCAAAAUACUGAAAAACAAAAAGAAUGAAGAGGGCGGCUAGGCAAUGCCUGAAAAGUUAGCGUGGCUAGCAGCUAAAUACAGGAAUUGCCUUGACCUGUGAUUAGAAGAUAAAAAGAGUAUUUUAAGUGGUGAUGACAUGAACAGUUUUUUGUGGAAGGUUAUGUGGCUGAGCGGUUAACACCUCGCACUCUGGAUGAGGAGGUCCGGGGUUCAAGCCUCGCCCGUUACAUUGUUUCCUUAGACAAGGAACUUUACUCCACUUUGUCUCUCUUCACCCUGGUGUAUAAAUGGGUACCGGUGACAUACUGCUGGGGGGUAACCCUGCGACGGACUCGCAUCCCAUCCAGGGGGGAGUAGCAAUACUCCUAGGCUUGCUUCAUGCUACAGAAACUGGAAAUAAGCGUGUGGGCCUUUGGCUUUUGUUCGCUUUUACCUUUAUCUUACAUGAACAGUCUGUUAUUUGUCAGGUCUUUUUUACAUAACCGUUUUUUGAUACAGAUAGUUGACAACAAAACAUAUUAAAUCUAUCGAAGUGCUCCCCAUGAGACAAAGGAAAUAUUAUUAUUGAAAAUAAACCCAGGUUAAAAAGUUUAGUCUGAAAUCAAACGCUUAUAAUGUGUCUAUAUUGUUGUCUCUUUGUACACUUUAUUUCAUAGGAUGAAGUUUCACAAAAAAUGUUCAAAGCUUACUCCUGCUUCAUGUGGGCUCCCCAAGGGAUGUGGUGAGUUCUUCAAAGACCAAGUCCGUCGAGGUACCAAAAAUUUGUUUUAAUCAAAUUAGUUGAUAGUGUACAACUUUAGAUAUUUACAUGUACGUGCAGCCACUGUAGUUGGUUUGAGGGGUAUGUUGAGGAACCUUCAUGUUCAUUAUUUUACUAAGGGCCUGUUUACAUGAAGGUGGGGGACCCCAGGUACAUGUAGGUGAGGUAACCCACCCACCUGUCCCUAUAAUCUCUCAUAAUGGUCACCCCACCUAUCAUGUAAACUUUGAUCAAAUUAAAAUGAGUUAUUGUAUGGACAGGUAGGUUACCUCACCCAAGCUGGUUACCUCACUUACGUGGGUUCCCAACUUCGAUGUAAACAGGCCCUAACGCUGUCAAGGAAAGCAAAGACUGUUUUACAGUCUACUUCAUCAAAUAACUGUGUUGAUACAUGGAGCCAACGUGCAUUUUCAGUGAGAAGAAAAAUAAAUUUAACAAUCUGUUUUGCAUGCAGUUUGUGUUUAAGUUACCUUAAAAAUAUUAUACGCCGUUCUGUUACUAAACUUGUGUGUUACUUAUGGCGUUGUCUUUGUAUUACACUGGGAUAAGACAGGCACUUGAUGGUUUGUCUCCUUGGUCUCCACAUUAAUGAAUUGGAUUUCAUGAUAGCCUAACUGGCCCCAUAGGCGAUGUUCACUCUGGUAUAAGGUUUUUGUCCACUGAAAAUUAAAAUUACUUAAUUUUCUGAUGGAUUCCAUCUUAAUCUCUUUUGCAGCUUUUGACUAUCGUUUAGGCUUUGACUAUCGGUCAUUACCAAUAAGGCGUCCUGCCAUGAAAAGAACAAACUCAGAACCCCUAACCACAAUUCUUCAAAUUGAGAGAUUUUGUCGCGAACAAAACAGACCAAUCCAUGCAAACCGUAGCCAUGGCGACUUGAAUACAGUUGAACCCAAGUGGUCUCAUGUUCCACCUCACAGUGCUGUACCACAUAUUGGUACAAGUGGAGAUUCUUGUUCCAACUCAUCAUCGACAUCAUCCCCGCCAUCAUCACCACAUCCUGCAGCAGUUAAUGGCACCAGCCUUUCAGCACAGGAAGAGCUUGAUCAGUUUCCAGAUUCUCACUUUUCUUUUACAGGUGAGGUUAUAAUGAACAUGGUAGCCUGUUCCAGGCUCCGAGAUAGUUGGGUCCACUGAAUUGCGAAAGCACAAACACGAAAAUUACAUGGAUAAAAAAUGAGGAGGAGUAUUAAUUUUGUAAAGAAACAUGUGGGGCUUUACUCUUGAUAAAACACAAACUGUGAGUUUAUUGAACCAGGGCUGUUAUCAAGAGCUGGGGGCUGGAGAUUUUACCCAGCUAUUAUGAAUGUUCUCCCCGCCUACUUUCAUGGGAAAAUAGAAGAAAAAUAGAACCAAAAGAAAUCCCUAGCUGUUUGAUCCCCCACCUCCUUGUUGUAUUUACCUGGCAACUUGAAAUCUUAGUGACAUACAGCUGUACCUGUUGAACUACACCCACACUUAAAAAUCUUCAUUCUCCCAAGAAAUUUGGGGUUAGAGCUUAAGCGACUUUUUAUUGAUUUCUGCUGUUUCUGAUCAAAAAAGGUCAGGGAAACUCAAUAAACAUUCUCCAAACACUGCCACACAAAUAAGAAAAUGACCAGGUAAUUUGCCUGCUGCGAAAUAGAAUGUCCUGAAAUGACGUCAUAAUCAUUCCCAGUCUUCUGUUUUCGCUAGCGCGGUUUUGUAGCUCGCCGGAAGUAAAAUUUCACGUUUUUGGCAGGUUAAAACACGGGGAAGAAAAAUCGCUGUCUAAAAAAUUUUUUUUGCUUUCCUUAUCAAAACACUGUAUAGCUUCUAUCAAGAAAAUAAAAAAAUUUCUGUCAUAUACGCUUUAAGUGCAUUUGAUCAUUAUUAUUCAUAUGUCAAUGCUUACCAUGAUGUACUAAGCUGUUGUUAAAUAAAAGUAUGGCUGUGUUUUAUGACCUUAACAUUACACUCAUGACCUUGUUUUCAUUGGGUUUUUUUGUAUGAAUAAUUUAUAAGCUUUUGGAUGGUGACAAAAGCUUCAUUAACAAGCAUUUAAAGCUGUCUAGGGCAAAUUUAAGUUAAGAUUAAAUGAUGUGUAAGAGAUGCAACUAUUGUCUUCAUGCGUACAAUAUGCAUGUGGCUGCAUGUGAGAGGUUGCAAUAGAAUUUUCAGUCACUAUACUGUUACAAAUUGUUAACACAUGUUCUUCUGAUUGACAGAUGUUUCAGGAAUGACAACUCCCAUGCAAAGGUAAGGUAGCUAGACAUUGUUUGCUUACUUUACGAAAUGUAGGCUGGGGUUUUGUUUCAGGCCAGAUGCCAGAUGCAACACAGGCAUCCCAAACUCACCAAGGGAGUGCUCGUUAAAAAUUAAUACAUCUGGCAAUGUUGCUUAACAAAGGGAUUUAUAGGGUUCAUAUAAAAAUUCCAAAAAAAUUCGCCUUAUCUUAGAGUAGCUACAAAAUGACACAAAAUACAACACAUGUAAGUGUACUUUAAUUUUCUUUUGUUUCAUCACAAUAAGCUAAGAUAAGGCGAGUUUUUUCGAAUUUUUACUGUUCCCAUAUAAACCCUAUAGAUCCCUUCGUUAUGCAACUUUGCCAGAUGUAUUAAUUUUUAACAAGUGCUCACUUAGUGAGUUUCGAUGCAACAUCGGGUUGUCUGGUUGUUUGACAUGUAAUAUCCGGUAGAUCACACAUCAAAUAAUUCUUUUUUAAGCGUGAAAGUCAUUUUUCAUUUAUUAAUCAAAGAUAGAUUUCACUGACAAAUCUUCAUUAAAAUGAUUUUUCUGUUCAUAGUCCCCCAUUUUUUCGUUUCGUAAGAUUGUCAGGAUCGAGCGCUUACUGGUAUGGAAGGCCAUCUUAGUUUUAUAUGUACCCAGGGGGUGGACGUUGGGGUUUAAAGCGACCCCUAAGUACGUUUGACACUCAUCCAAGAUGGCUGCCCGUAACUUAAAACGCUCGAUCUCGAACGAUCUUACGGGAAAGUUAGUAGGGGACUGUGAACAGUGGAGAUGUUUCUGAUGAGUCAAUGCAACAACUGGACUGAACAUUUUUAACCAUCUCUCAUCGGAGAUUCAUACACUCUUCAUUUUGGAAUCAACUAAAAUUGCCAAAUCAAAUAUUUCAUUUUUUGUGAGCAUUUUUUAAUGCCUGAAAAAACCUUUCUGGUUAACCAAUUCCGGUCCAGGGGACGUAGGAAAUUGUGUUUUAGAGAGUCCAAAUUUACCCACCCGGUUCGUGCCUCCAGCCAGCAAAUGACACAAUGUACUUUUGUUACAUUUUGCUAUGUUUACAAUCAUAAAAAAGUGUAGGUGUAAGAAAAAGAUGCAUUCAGUCUUGUGUCUCUGUUUUAUCACUUUUCCAGUGAUGAAAUGAUUGACUCAACAAGCACCCUUGUGAGAACAGAAAGUGUGAAAUCACAACAAAGCAGUGUAACUAUGGCAAGUAAUGACUCGGUAAGUUAACAUCGUUUUGUAAGCCAACUCUCACCUGAUGACAUCGCUGUUAUCAUCAUCAUCAUCAUCUCUUCAUCAUCAUCAUCAUCAUCUAUUUACAUACGAGAAUGCAUAAGGCCGUCAGUUUCUAUAACAACUUUUUACAGGACAGGGUCAUUAGCUCUCAGCCCAGAGUCAUCCCCAACCUGUGGGUCCGGGGGAUCAUACUUCAUCUUCCUCUACUCUUUGACCUCUUUUGCGUGGCUAGCUCUAACAGGGGUUCAAGACUCCAGGGGCCCGUUUCUCGAAAGUCCCGAUAAUUAACGGGCCCGGUAAGCUGUCUCCGUUUACAUUUAAGAUCGAGGUUUCAAUAGUUUUGCAUCUAACAUGAUAAAGCUAUCAGUUAGUGAAACAAAAUGGAGUAGUUUGCUAGCCAGGACCCGCGCUCUUAUUCUUUAUAUUUCGACUUGAAUAUUUGAUUUCGAGCCCAAAAAGUUACCGGGACUUUCGAGAAACGGGCCCCAGCCGUCAUAGCUGUAGGGGUCAUGGAGACGUGCAAACAGCCUCAACACUAUAAGGUGGUGAUCCUGUCAAGGCAAGCUAUUACUUUUCACAAAUGCGACAUCCUGGUAGUAGAACCAAUCAGAAGCACGUCUCAGAUCUGGAUAGUGAUGCGUCAUCAGUAUGGAAUUUUUCACUAGUUAAUCGUCAUUUCUUGAGAAAACGAGCAGUGGCGUCGCAAAAUGGCGGUUGUUUCCUCAGCCUAUGUUUUUUUCAUGCACACUUUUUCUCAAAGUAAGUUCCUGAAACCCUAUCUUAUUUUGAUUUCUUGGAUUUACCCUAGACACUGUCUGGAGACGAUAUCUCAAGCCCUGAUCAAGGCAUUGAAGCACAAAUAUCUGAUUAUAAUUCUGAGACUGGAACGUGGUCACGUGGUAGGCGAGGGGUAAGUAUAACUCAGAAGUCUUUUUACAGCCUUCCAUUGUCGGGCGCAAACUGGACGCGUGUGUAAACGCAAAGCAUGAAGGCGCAGGGGAGGGAAAUAUUGUCUACCCCUAUUCCUUCCAGGUCUGUGACAACAGAUUCUCUUAAUUUAGUAAAAUAAUGAGCCUUCAGAGAGAAAACUUGCAAUUAACGAGGAAAACAAGUGGACAAGAGUGGCAGUCAGUAAAAAAAAAACUUUUCCACUCCCCCCUUUCAACCACCAACACAGUUAUUCCGUAGAGACUGUAGAAUGUAAAACUAUCUGUGUGAAAUCUGUCUUUUUUUUUCUUUUUGCACUGUAUCACUGCUUAUGCUUCACGCACGCGAAGCUUGAUUCCUUUUUUUUUUUACUAAUUACUUUUUAUCGUUUUAACAUCUGUAAUUUCACAUUCUAUAAACACUUAAUAAAAGAUACCAUAUUAUUUUCAUGAAUAACGUUAAUCGUUUUUUGAUGAGGCACAUGAAAUCCAUGCCAGCACGUCCUAAUGAUUUAAACAUUAUAAAACCUAACAAAAACUAACUGAAUUCCCACAUAAAACACAUCAAACAAAAAAACCUAGCGCAACCAUUUUAUGAUCGUUUUUAAUCAAAUUAAUGUCCUCAAUCUGAAUAACAUCCAACCUUACGUACUAAACAUGGUUUUAAAGGAGUUGAGCUCUUUGAAACCCAGUAGAAACUGAAAAGAAAUAAAAGAAAAGAAAUACUGAAAUGUACUCUUUAAUCUAAAGUUUAAGUGACCCCUUUACAGUACCCCCUAUUUAGUUUCUAACAAGGGUGUUUGUGUUGAGUUGCCUGCUAUUAAUAUCUAAUUGCGAGUUUGUGUGCCUCUUUGAUGAAAGGUUGGAAAAGCACACAUGCUUUGGGAUUUACAUGUGAGUAAUAUUAUGCUUUAAAUGGCAUGAUUAUAAUUCCUUGAUAUUCUAACUUACAUAAUACAAAUGUGCAGUAAUCAUGAUCUUAAACAAAUAUAUUUUAGGAUAGAUCGGGUUGAAAUAAUUUUAGGCGAGAAGUAAAUUAAGCAGAUGGGAUGAUAUAUAGUUGUAAAAUAAUUGUGGCUAAACUUGAAUAUUGAUAUUGAAAUAAAUUAAAGUCAAAAUAAUAAAGCUCUCAUUCAACGGGCUUUAAAUUAAGAUGAAACUACCGUCUCUGCAAAAUAUAGACUAAGCGUAUGAUCUAAAGCGCUUAAAAACCUUUAACUUUGAAAAAGUUUCUCUCGUUUCUUUAAGUAUCCCGAGACUCGAUACCCGCUUCUAACUAAAAACGGUUAGAGUGGAAAUUUUUUACAUAAGAUCUUUCGACAUUUCAAACAAUUUUAUUUCAGUAUAGAACCGAUUUCUAGUCAGCAGACUUCGAGUAAUAUUCCUUCCCCACGCGUUCCUUUGAGCAGAAAAUAUAAUUUUCUCGAGCAUUGCUAGCAAGGUAAAGUUCCCAAAUUAGCAGUAGAUUUUAUCCAAGCGUACAGUAGUCGUGGUGGACCGUCUACUAGCUACAUGUAAACCAGUGUGAAAUGUGACGGACCAUGUGACCCUCUGAUGCAUGCGUAUGCCAUCUUUUGGCGGGAAAUCGAUGGACCACCGAGACAACUUUGUUUGUUUGUUUGUUUGUUUUGGCGGGAAAACGUAUGUCCAAAAACGUUUUUGAAAUUAAAGACGACAAGAACAGAAACCAAAAUUUUCAUCUUGUAGUAAAGUUUUCUCGAAAACUAGUGAAAUCUCGUAUUGGUUGUAUUUCCCACACACAUUGAGUACUCAAAACCUUAGCGAGAGUACAAAGUGACAAGUUGAAUACGCAACUGUAUAAACAGGUCAGCAGAAAACUGGUUGUUUUUGCAUUUCUUUCUCCUUAGCAACGAGGCAGCUUAAUGUCAGAGUGGGUGAUUCCCUUUGAAGAGCUGGAGAUAACGUGGAGUCCUCUUGGAGUAGGGAGAUUUGGCAAAGUUUACAGGUAAAGUAAAGCUAAAAGUUUUUCUCCUUCGCUCAUCUUUCUAAGUAUCACGUGGGAUUUUGAGGAAGAAGUUUGAUAUCGCUAUGUCCUUACGCGACGGCGUUCUUGUUUCAUUUGCAAAGAAUGCCGGGAAGGGUGUUGCAUCCUCCUUUGUAGAGACGUAUAAUCUUAGUUCAUAAGUGUGGGGACUAUGGGGUAUUGGCAAGUUCACCUGGGUGUGUCAAUGUUUUGAUCCUUUUUAGGUUUUUUAUAUUUAAAAAUGUUUUUUCCUGUGGAAGUUCCUACUUUUGUUUGUUUGUUUAGGAGGGGAUGGAGAGUGGGUUAAACAACGCACCUGCGGCAUUUUUUGUGAACUUGGGCCCUGAAAUAUAGGCGUCCGCAACUCUCUAAUUUAUCAUGUUUUUGUUUGUGGGGAGUCAAAACGGAGCGAGGGGGUAGGGGCAGUAAUCAAGAAAACUAGAUUUUCUCCUUCGCUCGUACCUAUCCUCACCUCUUAUCACGUCUAACUUAAUGUUUGUAGCGUUACCCAUAGUCUGCGUUGACAAAAUCUAUAGAAAAACAGUAGAUGGUCUACUAGAAGUGCACUAAGCUUGCUCCUUACAGGAAAUGUACAAUUGAUACAUUUACCAUGAUGCCUAAGACAGGAGAUCACAUGAUGAUACCAUCAACUGACGUGAUACAACUCACUUUGACUCUGAAGAUGACUACCGCACAGGUUCUCGAAACGUCAGUCACUGUCAACAACAACACUCUUAUUCAGGACUACGUUCACCCGGACGAUCAUACUCAACCUACUUUAGUAAAUGUACGAUAUGUGAUAGGCAUUUCUUUGUCUUGAAGGGGUCACUGGCAUGGGGAAGUCGCCGUCAAAAUCAUUGAGAUUGAAAAUCCGACAGAAGAGCAGUUAAGCGCUUUUAGAUAUCAAGUCGGAACAUUUCGUAAGACUCGACAUGAGAAUGUAGUACUCUUCAUGGGCGCUUGUAUGGAUCCACCCAAACUUGCUAUCAUCACCAGGUAAUGUUUAAAUUAUCCAACAACAACUUUAUUGACAGCUUUUGUUAUUAGUUACAAAGCUGGUUGCCUACAGGUAGCAUAAACCCUAGUCGAGGCUGCCCAAGACAGGAGAUCACAUGAUCAAGUAUAGCCGCGAUACUCACGCUGACGUCAUCUAUUGAUAGUAAUGUGCCAACAAGAAGCGUGUUGGUUCAGUCUUGAACAUAAGAUGCUAUUGUUUCGCUAAUAGAGAGGAGAAGUGUGACGUCACAUUACCAUGGUAGCAAAAUUUCUGGAUGACAACAAUAGGGAGUUUUUGCAACGGCGACGGCGAACAGCAAAAAAACAUCUUUGCACGUGCAUCACGCUUUUUUGUACAUUUCUUAGCCGUUGUUGCACGACUGCGACGUGAAACUUCCUAAUUUCGCGCGCCCGCUUUAUGGAGUAGGUGAGCACAACACAACAAUUUCGUUUUUCUUUUUCUAAACUUGCGUACGGUCCUUUUGGGUUCAACCCAGAAAAUUUCGUCAACAUUUGACAAAGUAAAUAAAAUUAAAUAAGAUCGAUGAUUUUGAAACAGUACGAAUCCACUUUUUAAGUGACGUUUUGGUGUUGUCAUCCAAAAAGUUUGCUACUAUGGCAACGUGACGUAACGACUUCUCCUCUCUAUUACAAAUUUGAAUAACAAAAACAAUGUUUGUCAACAGUGAUGUUUCCUAUACUCAUAGAGCGGUUUUCACUUGACUGUCGAAAGGGAUUGGUUUUGGUUUUGGUUUUGGUUUUACUACGCCCUUUGGUUGGCUAGUGUAUUUACUUUGGUUUUGGUUUUACGACAGUCAAGUGAAAACCGCUCUAUAAAUGGUGAUAUCGAUCUCAAGAUAUUGAGGGUAAAGCACCGAUAUCAGCUGACAUUUAUUGUGCAUUUCUCAGCUACUAUUCUCAGCUGGCAUUUAUAUACAGCUAUUUCGAGAAAGGUUGUCGGAAAAAAAUGUGCACGCGACAAUCCCGAAAGGUAAUGUGGGAUAUGAUCAAUGCACUGUUCCUGACGACUGUAGCUGUCGAACCUACUUUUCUUGCUUUCCUUUAGCACUCGCAAACACAUUUCCGUGGCCUUUCGUGCCAAUUCUUUCAAAUUUCUUUGAAAAAAAGAGAACUCAAAACCACCCACAGUGCCUUUCAGGAUUGUCGCGUGCACUUUUCCCAACAAGCUUUCUCGAAAUAGCUGUAUAUGUAUGUCAGUUAAACCCAUCUACACCCAGUCCUCGGUAAAGCUCAGUUUCGCUAUGAUCGCUACGAGAAAAGAUGAGCAAUCCAUUGCCACGGUCGCUAAUAAAAUAAAAAGACCGAAGGACCUCGUCAUGAUCAUUAUUUUGUCUCUGCGGUCGUUGAAUCAUUUACACCGACCAUAGCGAUCAAAAGGAAGAAUUAUUCGUCUUGCUCUAAGUUUUUCCUGAAAUAGAUCCUUACCCAACCCCUCCAACCUCUCAAAAUAAUAUCGUUACACGUAAGAAUUAUCUUUGCUUCAACAGCAUGUGCCGUGGUUUCUCCCUCUAUACUCACGUGCAUGUACGAAAGGACUCCCGACCUCUGCUCAAUUUUGCUCAAAUUUGCACUCAAAUCGCUCAGGUGAGACUUGUUGACUUAUUUUUGUCAGAAUAGACCUUUGUCCCUUCUUUGUUUCAUGAAAGACCAAUUGACGCAUCACUAUUCUAGGAAGUACUCUCUUCGGAAUUUGGUCUUGAAAAUCAAGUGUUGGGUGAUUUUCGAAUCUGGUUGACAUGAUUGCCUUCCUUUAUGUCCUUAUAUCUCUAGCAUGUUAGUUAAAAGUACUUUUCCGUGUUGUCUUAGUCACUCUGUUCCUCUACAUAUUGAUCUACAGGGCAUGGGGUAUCUUCACGCUCGAGGUAUCGUUCAUACGGACCUGCGUUCCAAGAAUGUUUUUCUGGAGUUAAAUAACCGUGUAGUUAUCACAGAUUUUGGUCUGUUUAGCGUGGCCGGUCUGACGGCCAAGUCAGUUAGGCCCGGUUGGCUGAUGAUACCGGAAGGGUGGCUGCCGUAUCUUGCACCGGAAAUACUGCGCUCGCUCACAACUCAACAAGAUGCUCCGGACUCGUCUCGGUUCACCAUGGCAACAGACAUGUAUGCCUUCGGGUAUGUUAUUUCCUCUUAAGUCACCCACAGCUUUCUUUUGGUAAAACAGGACUUUAAUAUGACAAGACGUUAAAAUUCCCAAGUCAAUAAACUCGAAUAAUUAAAAUCAUAUCUUUGGCGUUGCAGGCGUAUUUUGGGCGGGCCAAAGUUGCUUGUUUAUGUUCGCAUUGCUGUAGCCGCCAUCUUUGAUUUUAUGACAGAGGAAGAUUGGAGGAGACUUCCUUUGCUUUUAUUUGAAUUCAAUAUGGUAGUUUCAACAUUGCAGUUCUUGACAUUUAUACAGAAACAUUCCAUCGCGCGUAGAAAGUGCCUGCAAUGCAGGCUAACAUCAGGGUUCCUGUCGAGUCUUGAAUUCUUGAAAAAGUCUUGAAAAAUGUCCAGCUAUUUUCCAGGCCUGGAAAAAGUCUGGAAAAUAGAGCACAAGUCUGGAAAGAUGGUAGAGAGUCUUGAGUUUUUUUUUCAAACCUACGACUAGCCGACUUUGUAUGUUUUAUUAUUUUUUGUUUUGGUCAAAUCUUAUUCAAAAAAGGCUUUGUUCCUGCGUCGUGUUAAUCACCUAUUUGAUAACCUUGAGUCUGGAAAAAGAAAUUAUUGUUUUGGUAAAAGUCUGGAAAAAGUCUUGAAUUUUGGAUCCCAAAAUCUGUACGAACCCUGUGAUAUAAUCAAGGCUUAGUCUUAAAUGCCUUCUGUUCUUAAGGAAGGGGGAGGGGGCGGUGCCACAGUAUCUUGUUUCUUUAAAGGGAAUAUGUCACGCUAUUGAACAAACUUGUCUUCGCAUCAAUUGAAUUUCAAAAAAUAAUGGUCCAGUUUUGUUUUGUAAGACUAUGGGCGCUUUCCAUUCAACCCAAAAUUCCGGAAAUUACCGUUGGUACAUCAAAUAGAACGUACCAUUUGGGUUUGGUCCGACCGAAAUAUUCGGGACCAGCUUUGAAGGUGAUCCACUUUGACAGGUCUGGUCAUUUCGGUCGGUUUGGUCGCUCGGACCGACAUGUCCCUUUCCAUUUGACAAAAUUGUUGUUCCCACUACCGCUCUCCUGCUUACAAGAACAACAACCAAACGCGCAGUGGCUUGGGUCGGGUCUGUGCAACUGGAAUGUACCAUCCAUUGGGCACGUGGAAUUUCCGAAAUUUCAAACUGGAAUUUUUGUUGAAUAGAAAGGGCCCUAGGACUGUUUUAGGGUUCCAAUUUUGACCCAUUAUUUCGCACAUCCUCGAAAUGGCCGAUAGAAGAAGCGAGAACGUACCCCUAGUCCCAUACAGCAAUUCGGCACCACACCGAUCCAUUGUUACUUGCAACCUCAAAAUGGUGGUUAAUUGCUCGUGCUGAUACGAAAUCACUUUGAUAAUCUUUUGUCCUUAUCCAGAACUGUGUGGUACGAGAUGUGCUCAGGCUCGUGGCCGUUCAAGAAGCUUAUUCCCGAAGCGAUUAUCUGGCAAGUCGGAAAAGGCGUUAAACAAUCGCUAGCCAAUAUUGACGUCUCGAGGGAAGUAAAGGUAAGUCAGUACGAGAUACAGGAUAAAUCACGUUAGGUUUUGUACGCCACUGGCCCACUGUCCCGUGGCAUUUUGCAAUAACUUCACCGCGAAUUUUGCAACAUGGGUUUAAGCUAUGAUUUUGUAAUCAAAGUUACAGCAUUCCGUGAUAAUCUUCGAUCUACGCAAUGCUCCAUGGUUUCUUUAACAUUUUUGCGCUCUUCUCACUGGUAUGUUUUUCUUUUAAAUUGCGUAGACGGACGAUUACCGUAUUUACUCGAAAAAGCACCGCCCUCGAAUAAGCACCGCAUUUGAGGCGUGAAAAAUUAAUAAGCGCCGCGGUGCUUAUUCGAGUGAAUGCGGCAUUACAAAUGCUGCAGCCUUGAUUACAAGAUACCACAGCUCUUAUCGCGAAAUGCCACAGAACACCCACCAUUGCCAUGGUAACUGAAAUACUUAACAAAUUAACUUCAUUGCUGUUAUUUCCCGUAGUUGUUUACAGUUGAACUCCCAUCAGGCGGCCACCCUCGGAGUUCGUCAUAAAGUAGCAUAACGUGAGCAUAAUCUUAAGCACCGACGGGAGCAGCAUUACUGGUCCAUAAUUGGUCGUCACCUUUUAUCUUGAACUGUUUUCCCUUCAUCAUAUUCUUCAAAUAUGGGACGGACCAUUAGAAAACUUAUGGGGCGGGGGGGAUGGGCGGGCGAAGUACAAAAAAAAUAUUCGCGCAAGGGAAAAUUAAAUGAAAAAAAAAAAUUCAUGCACGCCAAUUAAUCCUAAAAAUUAUUCAUGCUAUGGCCUAAAAAAAAUUCAUGCAAGGAAUUUGAUAACGAAAAAAAAUUCCUGCGGCUCGAAAAUUGCCCCCCCCCACUUUUCUAAUGGUCCGUCCCUAACGCCAAACUAAGUGUAUCAAGUGCUUCGGAGAACUCUCGUUGGGGCGUCCGCUAAAAAGAGGUUUCAUUUCCCAUUCUUUUCUACAGUUAUUUCGGGACUUUGAUUAGUGGCCGCUGAAUGGAGGUUCAACUGUAAUUUGCAAUGUUAGAAGCGUGUUUUUCUGCCCAGCUAAGUAACAACAAAUCAACAUUUCUCAGUUCUGAAUGUGUUGGAAUUGUGGUAGGUUCACCGACGUGAACAUAUUUUGUCUGUUUCAGGAUUCAUUGACUAUGUGCUGGGCAUUUGAUCCCGAAAAGCGGCCGACUUUUAGUGAAUUGCUCAGAAUUUUAGAAAGACUUCCUAAACAGCGACAGCGGCUAACCAGAAGCCCUUCUCAGCCGUGUACCGUCGGCAGAGCGACUGAGGCGCUCAUAUGAAUUGAAUGAAUGAACCAUUCCGGAAAUUAAUUCUGAGUGGAGGAAGAGUGAAUUCUCUAUUACAGAAAACCGCGAGUGUCUGGGGAGAAGCUGCAGUUGGGCAAGCGCUUCUGGGUUAUGGUAACCGUCUCGUUCCCGUCCCGUCCCGCAAGGCAGACGCAACGCCACAUAUGCACGAAUGAAGAUUUUAUAACGAAAGGCAUUCAGCUACAAUAAUCUGGCUCGUCCCUUGGCAUCUUUUAGUGCCAAACUGACAAAUAUUACAACAGUACUAUUCACAAAUGCUGUGAUUUUUUAACUUUUUAAAAUUAUAAGCUGAAGGGAUCGCAAAAUUGAAAGAAAUUACUCUUCGUUUCGGUCAGUGUGGAUUCCAACCUAAGAUUUUUUAUACAAGAAUUUAUUAGAUACAGCAAAUGACCUUGAGAAAUAUUACAACACAAUAGUUCCAAUUUUUAAGUUUAAGCCUCGGGGUUUUAUCUACAAACGGCCAGCUUUGCAUUACCGGGGAACAUCGCAAUGAUCGAGAACUUGGUUCAAUUUGUGUACACUCUUUUGUUAAAGUCAUUUAAAUGUUUUUUUUUCAUAAUUUUUAUUCUGGAAAGUGUGAAGUUAGACAUAAAGCUGAGCUUGGCAUUUGCCCUGUAAAAUAGGAAUUUGUAAAUAGAGUAAUAAUUAUUGACUGACUUGAGUCCCUGUGGGAUCACAAAUCAACCGUGUGCUUUGUCACGAGAAAAUAUUUUGUUUUACUUUUAGGCUGUAAUAUUAAGUCUCAGACUUUGCAUUUUCGAGAAAAGGUUUUGUAAUCGCAAAAUACGAUUUUAUAAUUUUAGUAUUACCAGUCACUGCUUUAGAGACAGAUAACAAUUAAGGUCUCAAAAUGGUUCAUAUUGAGGUAGCCUGCGUACGCAGGCUAAUUUUGAGGGAGCCCGCGUAGCCUGUGGAAUUGUUAGCGCGGGCAUAAGUUUUGGCAGAGGAGCUGCGAAGCCGUGCGGAGAAUGGGGAGGAGGCUAAGGACACGUUAAUUCCUCCAGCUACGCAGGCUUCUACGCAGGCUAAUUUGGAGGGUACGCGUGUAACUGGGUCAGUGCAUUGUCGAAUUUCGCCAUGGGACUGUGUUAGAAGGAAGCCAUAACUUCGUUUAACGGCUAUUAACACUCGUUCCUGGGGUCCUCUCCUGGACCAUGGGAACGAGGCUGGGCUAUUCAGAGGUUGCGCGGGAAACUGGGUCAAACUCCUCCUCUAUUAAAGAAGGCCCACAAUGCAAUUCAACACCAAACCGACCCAGUCUCUUGCCCAACCUUGAACUGACACGACUUUUCGUAAACUUGUUUAGUGUACGUAAUUUCUUUAUUGCAGGGUACUAUCAUGUACAAGGUUGACUUUACUUCAGUUUUGAUAAUUUAUUUUCCUGGAAAAAAAAUGACUGCUCGAAAUGUACUAUUGUAUAUUGUUAUCAACUCUUAAAGC